AUGUUUCUUUGCGGUUACAAAUGGACGAUGUUUAUGGCACAAACUACAUUUCUUGUCUUCAUUGCUGCCAACAUCUAUCCAAAAGCAUGGCUGAUGUAUCCAGCAUCGGCUCUUUGUGGUAUUUCUCGAGCUGCGUUUGGAACGGCACAAUCUGCCUACGUUGCAGCUUUGGGAAAUAGUAAUGAAAGUGAUGACGAUACAAAAUAUGCAGUCAACAAAUAUUUCGCUAUUUUCUUUUCAGCACUUCAAAGCAGUCAAAUUUGGGGAAAUUUAAUAUCAUAUAUUAUCUUGCAAAAUGAUCCAAACAAUUCUAUUCCAAAAAAUGUCACCUUAUGUGGUGCCAAUUAUUUAGAUAGCGAACAAGGUCCAUCUGCUCGUAUUACUAAACAAAUAUCGUAUAAAACAGUAAGAAGAUCGACAGCAUAUUCUAUGAUUUGUGCAUUGCAUUCAUAG